UCAACCGUCCAGUUGUAUUGUUAAUUAAAUGGCUCCACAAUUGUGCCAAUUCAUAAUGGAAAAUGUGUUAGCAAAUAAACUCAUCUUAAACAGGCAUUAGCUCAAUACCUAAAUACUAUAUGUACAUACAUACAACAAAGCAAGUAAACGAUAUUUUUUGUUUUACAAAUCGACACGCAGCAUGUUCUUUAAGCGACGUCAUAAACCUGCAUUGCGUCCUUCGAAGGCAUAUUACCACUCCAGCGACCUACCAUCAUUGCCUCCAUCUACGCAGUCACACAAUGACCAAUUACCGUUUUUGUCGCGCGCGCGUUUCAGUGCUUUGCCACAUCUGCAAAUUAUCGGCGAAGAGAAGCAGAACUUAACACUGCUCAUUGCCGUCUUAUACAUCAUUGAUUUAUUUGGUGUUCUCCCGUUCAUAACACUGCCAUCGCUACUGGUGCAACUGGGUGUCCUCGGUAUACCUUUGGUUCUGUCCAUAAUUGUGCUACAAAUCUACACUUCGUUUUUACUUAGCCAAUGCUGGAUUAUGGCUGAGUCCUUCGAUCCGUCCAUAACGCAGAAAAGUAGAUAUCCCUAUGCAGCUAUUGCCGAUUUGGCAUAUGGGCGUUGCCUCAGCAUCUUCGUACGUAUUUUACUAGACAUCAGUAUAUUUGCCACAGCUAUACCAAGUUUGGUAUUAGCUGCGCAAAAUCUCGAGUUGGUUGGCGAACGUAUAACCGAUAAUGAAUUUUCAUUUUCUUUCUGCUACUGGGUCAUUAUAUUAGGAAUAUUUUGCUGUCCGCUUAUGUGGCUGCGCAGUCCCAAAUAUAUGCGGGGUUUGGCGAUUUUCUCACUUAUCGUACUCAUUGUGAUUGUAAUUCUUUUGUGGUUUUGCCUCUUUGCCUCAGCUCCGUUGGGCAAACCCUUCGAAGGUGUCAGCCUGGAAUUACCAUCGUUAUUGGCCCUUCUGAAUGGCUACAGCAUUUUGGCUUUCCAGUUCGACAUUCAUCCAAUGUUACUCACCUUGCAAAUCGAUAUGCAGCAAAAGUCUCAAGUUUACUGGGCCGCAUUUAGCGGCAUUACCGUAACAUGUGCCAUUGCGAUUUUCGGUUCCCUUAUUGCUAUCUACAAGUUUGGCGCAAUGAUUGCGGAUAAUCUGCUCGAAUCUCUACCGAAAAGUUUACCUUUAUAUUUUCUACUUAUACUUAUCGCGGUACAGUUGUGCUUCUCCAUCAUAGUGGGUAGUUCAGCGAUGUUUUUGCAGAUUGAAAAUUAUCUACAUAUCAGAGAAGCCUUCUCGUGGAAGCGCAUCGCCUUGCGCUCUUCCGUUGUGGGCCUCGAAGUGCUCAUAGCAGAGUUUGUGCCCAAUUUCGGUGUACUCAUGGACAUUGUUGGCGGCACAAUUGUCGCGCCGUUAGUAUUCAUUCUACCGCCACUACUGUAUAGGCGUAUUCGCCGAAUGGAAAGAGUUCAUCAACGUUUUGCCACGGAGUCUUCCUAUGGCAGUAUACCGCUCGAUUUGAAUUUCGAAUCCGUACAUACCGAUAUGGAACAGUUAUUGAUGUUGGAACAACAACAACAGCGCGGCGUAUCGCUGUCUUGGCGUUUGCGUUUGCGCAAAUCCUGGCUACAUACUUUGAAAUGUUGGUAUGGUUUGAAAUGCGAUUUCACCGCGUCUUUGUCGGUUAUGGUUUUUGGUGUUUUGGCUACGGUAAUUUCGACUUAUUUGAAUAUAUUUAGCUUAGCCGAUUUGUUUAGGUACGAGGCUACGUGCUUCUUCAAUAUGACAAAAGAUGUUGUAACUAAUCAAAAGUAUUAA